UGGUAGAGAGCUUAGUAUCGCGUCGGCUCUCGCUAGCUAAUAUCCUCUUGCUUCUUUUUUUUCCGUCGCGUCUCUCGCCAUCGGUCCACCCGUCCGGCUCGCCGUUACCACGCUGUGUCACUACGCCGUCGAGCCUACGAGACCGCGCGCGCGUCCACCCGCACUCGGACCCCAGCGACUCGCCGGCCUUGAUGAACGAAGACGCGGUCAUUCACUGAUAGAACCCGAGUGAUUUUGAUUAUUAUAUCGUGAGACUCUCCCUAUCGUUCUUCCCCCUCUUCCCCUCCCACCUCCCUCCUCUCCCCCCGUCGCCGUCGCCGUCAUAGUCGUCGCGGCUUCCCACGCGGUAAGAUGGAGACGAAAACAGAGCCGUUAACGCCGCCACAGACACCUCCGUCGGUCGAGAGGCCGAUCAAUCAUGCGAAUCAGCAUCACCAGUCGCCACCUCAACAACAACAACAACAACAGCAGCAAUUGCCGUUCUCGUCUUCGAGGUGGAGUCGGGCUCAUAUCACCGGCACGAGGUAUCUGCAGCAGCAACAACACGUGCAAGCGGCUCAACACAACAACGGCGGUUAUCAUCCGUCUUUCUUGGACAAUUGGUUCUUGAGGGGUGCGGCUCUGUUGGCCGUGAGGGGUUGCUGCCCUCAGACACACCCUCACGCUUAUCACCACCAUCAUCAUCACGCUCAUCAGAGCCUGCUGCCGGUACCGCCGCCGGCGUCGUUUCUCACACGGCGGAUACCCGGCCAGAGACCCAAAAAACAGUUCAUUUGUAAGUUCUGCAAUCGGCAGUUCACCAAGAGCUACAAUCUGCUGAUCCACGAGAGGACGCAUACCGACGAACGGCCGUACUCAUGCGACAUAUGCGGCAAAGCUUUCCGCAGGCAGGACCACUUGAGAGAUCAUCGGUACAUACACAGCAAGGAGAAGCCGUUCAAAUGCAACGACUGCGGCAAGGGAUUCUGCCAGAGCAGAACCCUGGCAGUCCACAGGAUUCUGCACAUGGAGGAGUCGCCGCACAAAUGUCCGGUUUGUGGACGAAGUUUCAAUCAAAGGAGCAACUUGAAGACACAUCUUCUCACGCACACGCCACCCGACGUCCCACAGGACCUUCGAGUCGACACGAGCCCAGUGUCCUCGAACUCGAGGAUCACCUCUCCCUCUACCGAGGUCAGACAAUUAACGGAACGCAUGAGCAACCUCCUGCCGAUUGAGAGAACCAGCACGAUCGCGCCUAUCAAGCUCGGUUUCACCAUAGAGGACAUUAUGAAACGUUAACUUGAUGAACAUUACGAUAAGUUUGUUCCUCAACCUCCCGUACGUAUACGCAUCGUAACUCAUUAUGGUGUUAAGGCUCGUCGAGACUGCUGCGAUCCUGAUUAGGUCUGAAUUUCGCCGCAUCGAGGCUAAUUUAUACACGUAUAUAUCAUAUGUAUAUUCUUCGUGAUCAAAUCGUGACUCGAGAUCGACAUCGCACGACGCGAAUUGAAAUUUUGAGCCCACUUUCGAGCUCAAUAUUCCACUUAACGUCUAUUUUGAUAUUCUGAAGUCGAUCUCUUCUGAUUCUAUUUAAUCUAUUAUCUUUGCCUCUUUAGGAACCUGAAAAUCGUAUUUUAUUUGUCGUUUAGAAGCGCCAAGUAGGCUUUCAGUUUUCACGUGUUCACACAUAUACUGAUUUUUCAUAACAUACAGAUGUUAUAAAGUUCAGAUCCAAAGUAGGGCUAAAAUUUCGAUUCGGAGGAUUUCGAAUCAUUUCGAAUUCCAGAAAAUAAUCACCAAACUGUUUCGACGAUUUCCAUUGGAAAUGCGAGUUUCUAGCUAUAAGCUCUAAACGCGACGUUCGAUUAUUACGGCUCUUUGUCUCUCUCUCUCUUUUUUUCUCUUUUCUCCUUCUCUUGAAAUCGGCUUACCGUCGCUGCAAACGGUGCAGGCAGUACAAAGGUCAGCCGUUUUCUCCGAUUUCGCGAUGCGAAACUUUCGUAGCUUUGUUCUAGUCAUGAGCGCUAUUCUAUUCGCAAGGUAUCGGAAACUUUCCGCUUUUCGUUUCGGAUGUCCAUAGUAGGACGAGAUUGAGAAGAAAGGCGUAAUUCCAGUCGAAAAUCUCUCACGGAACAGUUUCACGACACGAUUGUCGUUCUUUCCUGAACGAGUAGCGUUGUUCGUUUAAACGAAACACGGAGAGAGAAUAUUUAACUUUGAUUUCCCGGGAUUUUAUUUCAGAAUCGAUUAGACAUCUGCGACAUGACUGCGGCGCGGUGUACUGCGGCAGCGCGUGCGCAAAAUUGCCCUUCGCGCGCUUUAAACAAAAUGUAAAUUACAACGAAAUAACUAACGUUGUGAACGAUGUAACAACGCGAGACUAACAGUGACUCUAAUUUGAGUUACCUCGCGAUACUGCGCGCUCAAGUAUUUAUCUCGCGAAUGGCGACCCAGUGGGCUAUUAUCAAGUGCAAUUGAAAGAUAUUAACUGAGAGUGAUUGGUUUGUUGUUUCAUGUUUCCGCUGCAUGACGUUCCGUUCGAUAUUACCCGAUCGAGCGAGGUAAUGAAUGAUGAAUUUUCUGAUGUCGGCCUCGGAGUACGAUUUGUUCAUGUCGGCGCACAUAUUUAAUGUUUCCCGAUGUUUAAUAUACCUAGGAUAAUUUUAUUUUUAAUUGAACAAACAACAGCGGACAAGUACGAAUUGAAUGUUGCCGUUUGUAUCGACAGACGAUUAUCAUUCGUAGUUUUUUGUCACGUGAUUUGACGAAAUAUUAAAAUAUGCAAUUACGCAAAGCAUAUGAAUUAUCGAAUUUAUUUCAAGUGCGCGUUCCGUUUAUUCUACUCUGAUUUGAAAAGCCUUGAGAUUUUCAGCAAUCUUUCAAAUUCCUUUCAAAGAGUUCACUUUUAACAUAUGUACCACCUUGUUUUGCGCAGAUAAAUCACGCGAACGAUAUUUCGUAAAGAGAACUCUUAUCGCAUGUCGAUAUUAAUUGGCUGUAAUUAUGCAAGAAUUGUCCAACUCUCAUGAAAUAUGUUUCUGGAGAAAUGAGAAGGAAAAUUUAAUACACGGUUUAAAAAGUGUAGAUAUCACAGUGGUUCUUCGCUCAAUUCGUUCAAGAAGUCAAGCAGAGUCAAUGUUCUUCUCUUUAAGAGUACUUUGAGGAAAAGAGAAAGAAGUAUUUUUCUGGGCUAUUCAUUGGCAAAAAAAAAAAUAAAAACUAAAAAAUUUGGUGGGUUGGAUCAGUCUUGCAUAACUGUGGCCGAUUUUGCUGUUGUGCAGGACAAAAGACACGCAAUUUCUUCUACGUGUAACAUAUACCUUGUAAAUAUGCCCGCGAAUAUUUAUUGCUCUAGCGAAUAAGUCUUGUGAAUAUAUUUAAUCGAUCUUUUCAGGAUAUUAUUUGGCUUUUGCAUAAAGUGCGCGCGCGCGUUUGUACAUACGCUCUUAAAUGUGUAAAUGUGUGUGUAUGCGUGUGCGUAUGCAUAUAUAUGUAUAUUUAGAUGCUGUAAUAUAUUCUUAGAUAAAAUGUGAACAUAUAGUUAUAUAGAUACUGUAACUCGCGACACUGUAACUCGCGUGAAAACAGUAUUCCUCGCACGUACGAAUCGAAAACUUAUUGCGCGCGUUUGCGACUAGUUUCUUCUCUGUAUUGUGCGACGUCACGACGGCGCAUUAUUUCGCUUCUGCAAUGAGACACGACGUCAAUACUGUACAGAUUUGGCAUGUGACAUCGCGAUCGUUGUCAGCUGAGGAGACUUCUCAUCGUGCAUUUUUCAAUGUAAUUUCUUUUAUCUGUGUAACCGCAGAAUUCCGAGGAGUAUUUGCACACGUAAUACACACACAUUGGCAUAUCGGGGAAUUAACUAGCGGAUGAGAACCGAUUGAUUUGCACCAGGUAACUUGAAACGUUCGUAAAUUAUACAAACUCGUUCUUCCGAGACGACAUUAGGAAUUAGCAUUAUUGUUUGGACGGUGCAAUUGUUAACUGGGCGGUGCAAUAAAUCCCGGAAGGGUCGCGAUACGGUUUUAAUUGCGCUCGGGAAUGACGCGCGGCAACGGCAGGAAAAGGAAGAUAUCGCUCGUGUUACGAGAGGCAUUUUUCUUACGGGUCUCGAAAGGUAUACGGUAUCCAGUUCCUAAAAGUGCGUUCACAGUUACGAUUCGGUCGCCAGGCGUCGGGAUAAUUGAUUGUUCGAGAUAACGAUCUACGCCAUGAGAGGUGCGACGUUACCGUGUCGAUGUCGCGCGUAUAUCGACGGUGUUGAUCGCCUUCCCCGCUCCCCGGGUCGUCGGUCAUCCCCCGCGUGUUUUUUCCCGUAAAAUUCGAAAUUUCGAUCAGAUAAGGACGCGGGAGGAAGAGCAGAAGGACAGUCUCGUUGGCAGUUAGCCGCGGCACCUUCGCCCAUCCCGGUGCCACCGGCGGUGCACGAGUGGGGUUCCAAAGAUCUUCCUCGUUUAAUCUAGGAGUGAGAUACCGCUUACCCGUGUAGACCACCCACGCCUCGCAUUAAGCCAGUAUCGGAAUAGCCGCAGUCCCUUUCGCGUGAAACAGAUUGUGCUCGGUGAAUUCGGUGUCGAUUCUCCAUUAGGGAAUGACAUUCGCCGUUAGUCGCUCGGAUCGAGUGAGUUUUCGUCCUUACGCAUUUAUCACUUAUUUAUUCACAUAACGGACGCGUGAAAACACCUUCGAUAACGAGGACAACGCGAUGUGUAAUGAAGCGACGAGGCAGAUUUUCAUUUCGUUCAAAACGUCAUUAAAAUUAAAGAGUUGACAAAUUUACCGAGACACCUAGCCAACUAUGAGAAGACGAUUUGUUCGAUCCCCGAUAUGUCGCGUACAGGUACUCUGGCGUUCCCUAAUUAAUUUCCAUGUGACACGCGCGCAUUUCCCAGUUCCUUUCCCUCCUAUUAGUUACCACUAAUUUAUAAGAUCAUUGUAAAUAUACGUAUACAUAACGCGCGUGUAGAUAUAAUGUACUCGUGAGUGUAAACUGAUUCUACACUGUCGUAUGCUUUCGUUCUCCAGCCGUUCUCAGCUCGACCAAAUUGUCGACAUGCCGAUCACGCAAGAAUAUGUUUAAGAUAAAUCGCUUCGAAAUAUUAUCGGACUUGGGGAUGUGCCCGGUUAUCUGUUAAUAUACGGUCUUACCAAAUAGAAAGAAAGGAACGAGAGAAUACCUCACCCUAGUCGAACGUAGAACAUACUUAAUUGAAUGUUGUUGUUAUGAAUUAAAAAAUAAAAACUCAUGCACACAAAAAAAUGUCUUGCUGGCGCAAUGACGAUCUCGUGUUUUUCAGAGAUUCACCCCCCGUCUUCUCAC